CAAAGCGCAGAGCAAACAGAGAAAUAGAGAGAUAAAAGAAGGAAAGGAGACUUUCCUUGGGGUGAAUUUAUUGGAUCCAGAAACCCUACAAGGCUACAGAUCUCAGCAAACCAUGGAGCACGCUAGAGCAGCAGUUCUUCCACAACAACCCAGAGGAAAUGACAAAGUCAAGAAUGAAGCACAGAGAAGGAACCGGCGUGUUCUUGGAGACAUUGGUAAUAAUCUUGAGGCUGGUCGUAUUGUUGAAGGGAAGCCCCCUGUUCAGAUUUCUCGCCCCAUAACUAGAAGUUUUCAUGCACAACUGUUAGCAAAGGCACAACAAGCACAAGCAGAAAAGAAUCAUGUGAACCCUGUGCUGCCGGUUGUUGAAGAUAAAAAACGAGGUCCUGCCAAGAAGGCAGCAGUGGUAGUAGCGCCCAAGAAGGCAAUUGAAAAGCCAAAAUCUGAGACUGUGGUUGUUAUAAGUUCUGACGAAAGAGUAAAGGAUAAACCAGUGAACCAAUGCAAGCCAGUAGAAGGGCCUUCAAGGAAGGAAGUCAAGACUCUGACUUCGAUCCUCACAGCUCGAAGCAAGGCUAUGGCUGGUGGAGUUAACGUCAAGCCAAAGGAAAAGAUUGUUGAUUUUGAUUCUUCUGAUGUUAAUGAUGAAUUGGCUGUGGUGGAAUACAUUGAUGACUUGUACCAGUUCUACAAGCUCACUGAAGAUGACAGCAGAGUUAAUGAUUACAUGGAGUCACAGCCAGACAUAAACCCAAAGAUGAGAUCAAUCCUCAUAGACUGGUUGGUAGAAGUUCACAGGAAAUUUGAACUGAUGCCUGAAACCUUCUACCUGACUGUGAACAUAAUUGAUCGAUACUUGUCAAAGAAGAUCGUUUCUAGGAGGGAACUUCAGCUAGUUGGUAUUAGUUCUAUGGUUAUAGCAUCCAAAUAUGAGGAAAUCUGGGCUCCACAGGUCAAUGACUUUGUUUGCUUAUCAGACUAUGCAUACACUGGUGAUCAGAUACUUCUGAUGGAGAAAGCAAUUCUGGGGAAGUUGGAAUGGUACCUGACAGUUCCUACCCCAUAUGUCUUCCUGUCUAGAUACAUCAAAGCCUCUGUUUCACCUGGUGAAGAGAUGAAGAAUGUGGUUUUCUUUCUAGCUGAGCUUGGAAUUAUGCAUUAUCCAACUACUAUUCGGUACUCUCCCUCCCUGAUAGCUGCUGCAGCUGUCUAUGCUGCACGUUGCACCCUCAACAAAGCUCCUUUCUGGACUGAAACUCUGAAGCACCACACUGGCUACUCUGAAGAACAGUUAAGGGAGUGCGCCAAGCUUCUGGUGGGCUUUCACUUGAAAGCUGCAGAAAGCAACCUUCAAGCAGUUUAUCGGAAAUUCUCGAAGCCUGAACAUGCUGCCGUUGCUCUUUUCACUCCGGCCAAGAGUUUUCAGUCCUCAUCUUCUUCUUGAGCUGAUUCAAGUGUUGUGUUUAUUUUGAGUCUUGUUUACUUUUUGUAGACAAAAGCACCCAUAUCCCAUAUGUGCUAGUGGUGUUUUUAGAUUGAGUAAUGAGUAUGAGAAGAUUCUCACAACCGUAUUGUUCUAAAAUACAAACAUAGUUACGUUUCUGCUGAUUCAGAUUGUGUAUUAGAUAGAUAAGAUCAGCUGCAGAGGCUAAUGGUCCAAUUGCUGCAAGCUACUGCUAUUCUUUGUAUUCUUUGUAAGGAGUUUCUUACUUGGAUUUGGAUAGAA